AGGCUGAAAACCCUGCAAACAGGAGCAGGUCGAGGUCGACGGUGGCGCUGCUGCUGGAAGUGGCGGGAUCAGAAGCCCCACCCCGGCAUGGUCAUCGAGCGGCGGAAGAUCCCCAACGACUAUGAGUACUACGUCCACUACACCGAUCAUUUCUUUCCAGUCAAUAGGAGGCUCGAUGAGCGGGUUAAACUUGAGCAACUUGAUCUUGGUACUAUGGAGACUGAUCUUUAUGAGAAGGUGGAAGACAAGGUGACAAGCUUGAAAAUGACGCGUCGUCAGAAACGGAAGAUUGAUGAGACACAUGUUGAGCAUGGUGAUGAGGAGCUUGAUGCUUCUAGUUUACAAGAACAUGAGGAGUUUACAAAAGUCAAAAACAUUGCAAAAAUAGAACUUGGCAGAUAUAAGAUAGAUACAUGGUACUUCUCUCCUUUUCCACCAGACUACAGUGACUCUCCAAAACUGUUUUUCUGUGAAUUUUGCCUCAAUUUCAUGAAGUGAAAAGAACUGCUUCAGAGGCAUAUGGUGAGCUACCUCUGAAUUUCUGUAGUUGGUCACCUUAAGAAGCUUAGAUGUGUAGAUACUAAUUAUGAGUUUCAUGGUUGUCCACUAACACUCUUUCUCUUGUGAAUAGCUGUUAUAUUUGGUGUAUUUAUCAACUUAUUGUGCUGCAAUUUAUUAUCAUGGUUCUAUAAGUGAACUUGGAAGUCCUAUCCAAUUUGGAUGGUGCACACAUAUCUGAUGCUAUUAAGCUAUUUGUAUAUAGUUCUUUAUGUGUAAGUCAAGCAUUCAGAUUAUCUGUUUGUUGAGUAAAUUAGCUGGUAGCGCUUGUUUACAUGUGCACGAUGAAACUGGUUGUUCCUGUAUUGAUUUGAUGUUAGUUAAACCAAUUCAUUUUUUUUAUGAGUAUUCCAAGCGUAACUGAUAAUGAUAUUACAGAUAUUGGUGCAGUACUUGAUAUUACAUAUAUUUAUAGGAAGGCGGUUGAUAAUGAUAUAUGGUGAAUCAAAGAUGGUUUGGUUUGUGCCAGUGGGUGGAUUGCUGACUCUUGAGGACAUGAGACACAUAGUAAGUCAAACAUAUGCCAUGUGAUCUAGAAUAGGUGC